UCACACUCACACUUACACCCUCCACCUCGUUCACCUCAGCCCCACUGCCCCAACAUGGCCGCAUCCACCCUGUCCGUCUGCUCCAGCGACCUGAGCUAUGGCAACCGCGCCUGCCUGCCCGGCUCCAGUGACUGUUGCACCGACUCCUCCUGGCAGGUGGACGACUGUCCAGAGAGCUGCUGUGAGCCCUCCUGCUGCGCCCCCAGCUGCUGUCAGUCCACCUGCUGUGUCCCCAGCUGCUGCCAGCCCACCUGCUGUGUCCCCAGCUGCUGCCAGCCCACCUGCUGCGUCCCAAGCUGCUGCCAGCCCACCUCCUGUGCCCCGAUCUGCUGUGCCCCAGCUUCCUGCCUGACCCUCAUCUGCACCCCAGUGAGCUGCAUGUCCAGCCCCUGCAGCCAGGUGACUUGUGAUCUCAGCCCCUGCCAAUCAGCCUGCACCAGCUCCUGCACACCCUCAUGCUGCCAGCCCACCUGCUGCACCUCCUCCCCGUGCCAGCAGACCUGCUGCACACCCAUCUGCUGCACACCCGUCUGCUGCAAGCCCCUGUGCUGUGUGCCCGUCUGCUCUGGGGUCUCCUCCUGCUGCCAGCCCACCCUCUGCACCUCAUCCUGCUGCAGACCCUCCUCCUGCAUGUCCCUCAUCUGCCGCCCCGUGUGCAGGCCUGCCUGCUGCGUGCCCGCCUCCUCCUGCUGUGGCCCUGCCUCCUCCUGCCAGCCCAGCUGCUGCCGCCCGUCCUCCUGCAUGUCCCUGCUCUGCCGCCCCGUGUGCUCCCGCCCGGCCUGCUGUGUCCCCGCCUCGGCCCAGAAAUCCUGCUGCUGAGUGAUCUUCUUAAGGGCACCCAAACACUCAAGAGCUCAAGCCAUCUGCACCCCAGGAUUCUUUACUAAGAGCCAAGACGCUGCCAAGUCCCUUCAUGGGUCCCCGCACUGGGCAUCUGUGGUCGCCCGGCCACCUCUGUGCCUUUCUCCCUCUGGAAACAGGUCACCCAUUUCUCCACUGACUUCCCCCAAAGCAACGUGCCCUGCCACCCAGCCCGGCUGGUAGUGACCCAGGGAGGCCAGCUGGACGCUCCAGGCCUUGGGGCCUUGAGAGGAGUGAAGGGAGAGAAGCUGGUUUCUCCUCGCCACCUCACCCGUGUGGCUUAGCACCCCA